AUGAUGGCUGGAGCUAAUGAAUAUCAUAUUACAGGAUAUGGAGGUUUUGCUGGAUUUGGUGGUGGUGGAGCUAGGCCUGGUGGUGGAAUGCAACAAAAUCAAGACAACAAUAUGGGUGGUGGUUUCAUGGGCGGUGGCCAAAGUCAAGGAGGAGGUUAUGGCUCUCAAACCAAUGACUUCGGUGGCGGAGGUGCUGGUGGUGGCGGCGGUGGAGGAAAAAAAUCAAACAAUCAAUCACUCCGACCAGUCUCUAUCAAACAAUUCCAUGAAGCCAAACAAGUCGUACCUGAUGGACCAUACAAGCUGGAUGGUGCUGAAAUAACAAAUAUAUCUAUGGUCGGCAAGAUUAUCAACAUCAACGAACAAUCAACUACAAUCACCUAUACAAUUGAUGACGGAACUGGCCAAGUCAUCGCCAGGAAGUGGUUGGAUGAUGCCGACAAUACUGAUGCAAAUGCUCAAAAGAGGGGCCAAGUCAGUGAGGGACAGGACGUCAAAGUGUUUGGAUCAGUUGGCAAACCAUACGCCAGCAAAAACAAUGCUACCGCACAAGACAAGACAAUGACUGUAUAUGCCAUUCGACCAAUCGGAAAUCCUGAUGAAAUCACCCUACACAACUUGGAAGCUCAAUAUGCUCAUUUGUAUUACACGAAGGGACCAUUGCAUGGUCCCAACAACAACAUGCAAAGCGGAUAUGGUGGUGGAUUUAAUGGACAACAGGGAUAUGGAAAUCAAGCUGGUGGAUAUGGCAACUAUGGCAUGCCAAAUCAACAACAACAAGGACUGAACAACCAAUACACAAACCAAGGUGGAGGACCACCACGAACCAACUAUGAUAACGGUCUAAGUGCUGUGCAAAACAAGAUCAUGGAUGUUUGUCGAUCAUCUCCUCCUGGUGGAUCUGGCACCAAUAUUGCCGUCAUUGUUGGUAAUUUACGAAGUCAUUGCAAUGAAGCACAAGUGAAGGCUGAUAUCGACUAUCUGGUGGCUGAAGGCUUCUUGUUUUCGACUAUUGAUGAUGAGCAUUACAACGUUUGUGAUGCUGGUUCAUAA